AUGGCUAAGUUGUCCGAAAAGUGCAGCAUUCAAGUCCCCAUGGAGCUUCUUAGCUUGAUUGAUGAUGUGAAGAACCCCGACGGGUUUUUGGAGGAGCUUGAACAGACUUUUCCUGAUGAAGUCGAUAUGUAUAGAGAAAUCCGUGCUAGUUCUGCCUCUGAAGCCCAGUUGCAAAGUGUGUUACCAAAUGGGGAUUCCAAAGUCAAGAGUGAGCUAUAA